UCGAAUGUAGUUCCGACAUCUAUAAAUACAAACGUUUCAAUGCUGAUACGUUAGUAGCCACUUCUGGAGUAUUUCGACGGUAGAUAUAUUGAUUUUGGAUUGAAUGGAUGCGGUACCUUGAACGGAUGCGGUACCUUGAAUGGAUGCGGUACCUUGCCUCCGUGUGCCUAAGUGCGAUGCACAGGAAUUCAGACAACAACUUCUGUCCCGAACCUUCCUGGACCGAGGCUUUGGUUUAGUAAAAGAGUCGACUGGGACUGUUCUUCUGCCAAUUGUACCCUGGUGUUUACCACAAGUUGAUGUGACACCUCCAGGCGGUAGCUGUCAACUCGUUUGGUGUCAGUCUUCUCUGCUGAAAAAGAAGGAGAAAGGCAGGAGGAGAGACAAUAAACUAGAAGAAGUCCUCCUUGAGCUGUUGGAAUCUCAUGGAGAAAGAUGGACGGAGGAGCUGAGAAUAGAUCUGCCUCGCAGCUUCCAGCGACAUGGAGACUUGGUCCUGCUGGGGCACAACUGUUUCUUGGCCCCUCCUUGGAAGAAAAUAGACAAGCAGCUAUGGCGGGCUGUAGCCAAAGGCCUGGGGGCCAAACGCCUGGCAAGGAUGAGUGGAAUAUGCAGCGACGGGUACAGGUCUCCCAAAGUGACCAUGCUCUUGGGAGAACACAGCUGGGUUGAACACGUGGACAAUGGCAUCACAUAUGAGUUUGAUGUCACCAAAUGCAUGUUUUCAGCUGGGAAUAUAUCAGAGAAGCUGCGUGUUGCUGGAUUCGACUGCAGGGGCGAAACUGUGGUUGAUUUAUAUGCAGGUAUAGGAUACUUCACACUUCCAUAUUUGGUACAUGCGGGCGCAGCACAUGUGCACGCCUGCGAGUGGAACCCGCAUGCGGUCCAAGCGCUACACAAGAAUCUUGUGAUCAAUGGAGUACAUGACCGCUGCACAGUUCACCCGGAGGACAAUCGACAAGUUCAGCUGGGCAGUGUUGCAGACAGAGUCAACCUGGGCCUCAUACCCACCUCUGAAGACGGCUGGCCAGUGGCAUGUCGCCUUCUGAAGAAAACUACUGGUGGUAUUUUACACAUUCAUCAAAACGUUACAUGGCCUGGAGUAAUAACUGAUGAGUGGGGCGUACGCGGGAAGAGAGAGGCGUGGCAGGCCUGGGCGGCUGAUGCUGCAAGCCGCGUCGGCUCUCUUUUGAAGGAACUCACUUCUAAACCGUGGACAACAAGCAUCCAACACAUUGAGGCCGUGAAGUCGUAUGCGCCUCAUGUUCACCAUGUGGUGCUGGACUUGGAGUGCAGACCUUCUUGACCACCUUGGAUACAAUGCCAUUCAUGCACAGUAUCAAAAAACUCUGACAUACAUUGUGCUUGUCCAGGACUUGGGCUGUCAAUUUUUGGGCACCAAACCAUUCCAUUCCAUUGUUAGGGUUCAGAAUGGAUUCUUGGUUCAAAAUCUUUCCUUUUUUUAAUAACACAGGGUGCCAGUUCUAUGGCACAAGUGGCAAAAAAGAGUGAGAAAGUUGAGGAGUGCUCAUCAAAGACUUAUUUGGAACAUCCCACAGGUGAACAGGCUAAUUGGGAACAGGUGGGUGCCAUGAUUGGGUAUAAAAGCAGCUUCCAUGAAAUGCUCACUCAUUCACAAACAAGGAUGGGGCGAGCGUCACCACUUUGUCAACAAAUGCCUGAGCAAAUUGUUUAAGAACAACAUUUCUCAAGCAGCUAUUGCAAGAAAUUUAGGGAUUUCACCAUCUACGCUCCGUAAUAUCAUCAAAGGUUCAGAGAAUCUGGAGAAAUCACUGCACGUAAGCCAUGAUAUUACUCAGGUGGUACUGCAUCAAAAAGCCACAUCCGUGUGUAAAGGAUAUCACCACGUGGGCUCAGGAACAAUUUAAGUACAACUUAAGCUGUACAUCAAGCAAGAAUGGGAAAGAAUUCCAGUUCAAAAAUGUGUCUCCUCAGUUCCCAAACCUUUACUGAGUGUUGUUAAAAGGAAAGGCUAUGUAACACACUGGUAAAAAUGCCUUUUUUGCAAUGUGUUGCUGCCAUUAAAUUCUAAGUUCAUGAUUAUUUGCAAAAAAAAAAAAAGUUUCUCAGUGUGAACAUGAAAUAUCUUGUCUUUACAGUCUAUUCAAUUGAACAUAAGUUGAAAAGGAUUUGCAAAUCAUUCUUUUUAUUUACCAUUUACACAACGUGACAACUGCCCUGCGAUGAGGUGGCGACUUGUCCAGGGUGUACCCCGCCUACCGCCCGAAUGCAGCUGAGAUAGGCUCCAGCAACCCCGAAAGGGACAAGCGGUAGAAAAUGGAUGGAUGGAUGAACAACGUGACAACUUUACUGGUUUUGGGGUUUGUAGAUCAUCUACAUCAACAAUAUGAUUUGUCUGAGUGGCUGGACAGGACAGAUUGAAAUUUUAUUUUUUAUCAUUUGUUUUGAAUAAAUUAAGAAUCAUUACAAAUAAGAGUUGCAAAUAAUCUGAAAAUCAAUUUUUUGACACCCCUAUCUAGGACCACGCAGUUUAAGUUUAUUUAGGUGAAUAACUUGUGCCUUUUUAACAAAAUUACCUAUUUUCUACCACAGAUUUAAAGGGGUUUUAUGUUUUUUUUCUAUAUUUAAAACACGUCCUUGUGGUCUACAUAACAUGUGAUGGUGGAUCUUUGGUCAACAUUUUGCUUAGAUGAUGUUAUACAGACCGUUUUCAAGCCGCCUUCACCCCGCCAUCUUUGUUGAAGUUUUUAGCUUUUCCAUGGCGAGUUUAUUGACAUUUUAAUUUCAAAAUAUACGCUUCUUCAUAUUAGAAAUGGUAGCAUCGGAGGAUGUAUGUGCAGAGAAAGUAUGAAGCAAGGCAAGAUUGUUUUAUAUAUAUCUUUGCAAGGCCUCUAUGGUUGGAUGUCACAUUUUCAAGACUGACGCAGAUCCAAAUACACAAAAACAGGUACCAGUUGGUCAAUCCAAUUGUU